GAGCGAGCGGGCGGGGGGCGCUCGGCGUCCCCUCCCCAGGGCAGACCCCGGUGCCGGGGGCGAGGGCAGGAGCGGGGGCGCAGCCCCGGUGGCGGCGGAGGAUGAGGAGGCUCCUGAGCGCUGGGAGAGGAAGGACUCGACCAAGAGAGCACCGAGGAGAUGUCGGCUGUGAAGCCCGACAAGGGCGAAGGCGACGCCAGCAGCACGAGCAGCGCCGGCGGUGGGGAGGCCCAGGAGUCACAGCCAUCCCCGCUGGCCCUGCUGGCAGCCACCUGCAGCCGCAUCGAGUCUCCCAAUGAGAAUUCCAACAGCUCCCAGGGCCAGCAGGGCGGGAGCGGCGAGCUGGACCUGAACGCGGCCGCCGCCCAGCUCACCCAGUCGGCCAACGGCUGGCAGAUCAUCUCGGCGGGCUCCAGCACCCCCACGGGCUCCAAGGAGCCGGGCAGCAACGGCAGCAACGGCGGCGACGCCUCCAAGAGCCGCCCGGUCAGCACCGGGCCCUACGUGGUCACCUCGGCGUCCGGCCUGCAGAACCAGCAGGUGCUCACGGGCCUGCCGGGCGUCAUCCCCAACAUCCAGUACCAGGUGAUCCCCCAGUUCCAGACCAUCGACGGGCAGCAGCUGCAGUUUGCCACCACCCCGGCGCAGGUGAACGUGCAGCAGGAUGCCUCGGGGCAGCUGCAGAUCAUCCCCGGCUCCAACCAGCAGAUCAUCACGAGCCGUGCGGGCAGCAGCAACCUCAUCGCCAUGCCCAACCUGCUGCAGCAGGCCGUGCCCAUCCAGGGCGUGGGGCUGGCCAACAACAGCCUCUCCGGGCAGACCCAGUACGUGGCCAACGUGCCCGUGGCCCUGAACGGCAACAUCACCCUGCUGCCGGUCAACAGCGUGGCCGCCAGCCUGGCCCCCACGUCCCAGACGGGCACCCUGAGCAGCUCGGGCUCGCCGGACAGCAGCUCCCAGCCGGCCACCUCAGGGGCUGCCAGCAGCUCGGGCGGCACGGCCACGUCCCAGGCCAGCUCAGGCGCCUUCUUCACCAACGCCAACAGCUACUCCACCACCACCACCACCAGUAACGUGGGCGUCAUGAAUUUCUCCACCAGCGCCACGGUGGGCACCAACGUGCAGGCGCAGACCCCCCAGAGGGCCAGCAGCGUCCCCAGCUCGGACUCUCUGCAGACCCCGGUGUCCGGGGUGGCCCUGCAGCCAGGGCAGCAGAAGGAGGGGGAUCAGAGCCAGCAGUCACAGCAGCAGCAGCAGCAGCAGAUCCUGAUCCAGCCGCAGCUGGUCCAAGGAGGGCAGACAAUCCAAGCCCUCCAGACCACCCCGCUCUCUGGCCAGACCUUUGCCACUCAAGCCAUCUCCCAAGACACCUUGCAGAACCUGCAGCUCCAAGCCGUGCCCAACUCCGGCCCCAUCAUCAUCCGCACGCCCACGGUGGGUCCCAACGGGCAGGUGAGCUGGCAGACCAUCCAGCUGCAGAACCUGCAGGUGCAGAACCCCCAGGCGCAGACAAUCACGCUGGCCCCCAUGCAGGGCGUGUCGCUGGGCCAGACGGGCAGCACCAGCACCACGCUGACCCCCAUCGCCUCCCUGCCCAGCGGCACCGUCACCGUCAACGCCGCCCAGCUCUCCUCCGUGCCGGGCCUCCAGACUAUUAACCUCAGUGCCUUGGGAGCGUCCGGGAUCCAGGUGCACCAGCUGCAGGGGCUGCCCCUGGCCAUCGCCAACGCCCCCGGUGAGCACGGGGCCCAGCUGGGGCUGCACGGCAGCAGCGGCGACGGGCUGGGCGACGAGAGCGCGGCCGUGGAGGAGGGGGAGACCAGCCCCGACCCCCAGCCCCAGCAGGGCCGGAAAACGCGGAGGGAAGCCUGCACCUGUCCCUACUGCAAGGAAGGAGAGGGCAGGAGCUCUGGGGAUCCAGGGAAAAAAAAGCAGCACAUCUGCCACGUGCCGGGCUGCGGGAAGGUGUACGGGAAGACCUCGCACCUGCGGGCGCACCUGCGGUGGCACACGGGGGAGAGGCCCUUCAUCUGCACCUGGGUGCUGUGCGGGAAGCGCUUCACCCGCUCCGACGAGCUGCAGCGGCACAAGCGCACGCACACAGGAGAGAAGAAGUUCGCCUGCCCGGAGUGCCCCAAACGCUUCAUGCGCAGCGACCACCUCUCCAAGCACAUCAAGACCCACCAGAACAAGAAGGGAGGCGCCGGCAGCGUGGCCAUGAACGUCUCGGCCGUCCCCAUGGACACGGCGGCCUCGGCCGAGGGCAACGGCGGCGCCGCGCCCUCGGCGCUCAUCGCCACCAACAUGGUGGCCAUGGAGGCCAUCUGCCCCGAGGGCAUCGCCCGCCUGGCCAGCAGCGGCAUCAACGUCAUGCAGGUGGCCGACCUGCAGUCCAUCAACAUCAGCGGCAACGGCUUCUGAGCGCGGCCGCGGAGCCGCCAGCGCCGCCGGCACGCGCCCGCACCACUCGAAGGCCAGAGCUAUAUAUAUAUAUUUUUUAAUUUCGGCUUGAUUUUUUUUU